ACAUAUAUGCAUAAAAUUUUAACCUGUUAUGUCCAAAACAACAUAACCUAUUUGAAACGCGUGUUUCAUAAAAUGUGUAACAUAAAAUGCUCAAUAAUAAUUAUGAAUAAUACAAAAUGUCGCGAUUGAUUGUAAAAAAUUUACCAAAAAAUAUUACAGAUACAAAAUUGAAAGAGUUUUUUAGUGAAAAGGGUUUAAUAACUGACGUACAAUUAAAAUAUACAAAAGAUGGAAAAUUCAGACGAUUUGCUUUUAUUGGAUUUAAGACAGAAGAACAAGCUAUAGCUGCCAAAGAAUAUUUUGAUAAAACAUGUAUCGAUACCUGCAGAAUAUCAGUUGAGCAAUGUGCAAGUUUAGGAGAUUCUUCUAAACCUAGAUCAUGGAGUAAAUAUGCAUCUGAUAGUUCAAGAAAUGUAAUUAAUAAUAAACAAUUUAAUGAUAAAAUAGAAAAUGGAAAUGUGAAUAAAACAAUAGAUAAGAAAGAGGAAAGAAAUAAAAAAGAUAAAAAAGAAGAAAAUGUAAAACCUGAAGUCAAAGAAGCAUUGGAGAAGCAUAAAAAUGAUCCUUUAUUUAUGGAAUUUCUUGAAAGUCAUACAAAUAAAGCCAUAUGGAAUAAUGAUACAAUAUUGACAAAUAUUCAACCUAAAGAAUAUAACGAUAAUGAAAUAAAUAGCAUUGAAAAUGAUAUUAAGGAUAAUAUUAAACAAGAAGAAAAAGAUGAAGAAGAAGAAGAAGAAGAAGAAAAAGAAAAAGAAAGAAAAGAGAAAGAACAAAAAAUUGCACAUAAAGUUGUAUCCGAUUUAGAGUAUAUGGAAGCUUUAAAAAAUAAAGAAAAGAAUGUACAAAAUAAAGUUUCAAAUGGUAAUACAUCUAUACAUGGGCCAUUAAAAUUAUUUACUGUAAAACUUCGAGGAUUAGCAUAUAAUCAUAAGAAAAAAGAUAUCAAACAAUUUUUUAGUCCAUUAAAAGCAAAAUCGAUACGAAUAUCGCCAAAAAUUAAGGGUAUUGCUUAUGUUGGUUUCAAAACUCCACAACAUUUGAGAAAAGCGUUAUUGAAAAACAAAAGUUUUUUAGAUGGGAGACAAAUAUUUGUAAUAAAAUAUGAAGUGAAGGAAGAAAAGUUUAAAGAAGAACAAAAUGAAAAUAACGAUAACGUUAAAUGGAAGAAGCAAGCAGAAGCAUUGAAAAGUGAAGAAAGUAUAGCAGAAUCUGGAAGAAUGUUUAUUCGAAAUCUGUCCUAUACGACAACCGAAGAUGAUAUUCGAAAAUUAUUUGAAAAAUAUGGCCCUUUAACUGAAGUUAAUUUACCCAUCGAUCGAAUAACCAGAAAAUCAAAAGGAUUUGGUACAAUAACAUUCUUAAUGACCGAACAUGCGGUAAAAGCUUACAGCGAAUUGGACGGAUCGAUUUUAGAUGGAAGGAUGUUGCAUCUUCUUCCAGCCAAAAUGAAAAUUGAUUCGCUAGAAGAACUCGACGAAAAAGAAUUAACUUAUAAACAGAAGAAAGAAUUGAAAGCUAAAUCAGCUGCGGGAUCGUCACAUAACUGGAACACUCUUUUCCUUGGUCAAAAUGCUGUAGCUGAUGCUAUAGCUACCACUUAUAAUACAACAAAGGAAAAUGUACUCGAAGAUGGAUCAAAGGGUUUGAGUGCUGCAGUUAAAUUAGCAUUAGGAGAAACACAAUUGGUUCAAGAUACCAAAAACUUUUUGGAGGAAAACGGAGUUUGUUUGGAUGCAUUUAACCAACCAUCAAGUGAACGAUCAAAAACAAUAAUAUUGGUAAAGAAUUUACCUGCUGCAACACCAGCACAAGAGAUUCGACAAUUAUUUGCACGACAUGGCGAAUUGGGUAGAGUUGUGAUGCCACCUUCAGGAAUCACUGCUUUGGUAGAAUUUUUGGAACCCUCUGAAGCGCGAAAAGCAUUCACGAAAUUAGCCUAUACUAAAUAUAAACAUCUACCAUUAUAUCUGGAAUGGGCACCUGACAAUAGUUUUAUUACUCCUGCGAUAAAAAACAAAACUAUUAAAGAUGAAACAAACAAAAAAACAGAAGAAAAACAAGAAAAAGAAUUAUUGGAAAAUGUAAAUGAUACGAACAAGGUUAAUAAAGAAGAAAGCGAAGAUGAGGACGAACCUGAACCAGACACAACUCUUUUCGUGAAAAAUAUUAAUUUCUCCACUACGGACGAACAAUUAAAAUCGUAUUUCGACAAAUGUGGUCCUCUUCAUUAUGUCUCGAUAGCAACGAAGAAAGAUCCGAAAAAUCCUGGUGCCAAGUUGUCGAUGGGUUAUGGAUUUGUAAGAUAUAAAAGAAAAGCAGACGCGGAUCGUGCACUAAAAGUUUUACAAAUGACAGUGUUGGACGGAAAAACUUUAGAACUCAAACGUUCCGAACGAACGCUAACAACCGAUGUAAAAAGUGCAAAAAAGACGUCCACGGUAAAAGCUCAAACGGGUACAAAAAUUUUGAUAAGAAACGUGCCGUUCCAAGCAACAGCCGAGGAAAUAACCGAACUAUUCAAAGCGUUCGGAGAGUUGAAGGCAGUUCGAUUGCCUAAAAAAUUAGUUGGUGUCGAAAAACACAGAGGAUUCGCCUUCGUAGAAUACUACACAAAAAGCGAAGCGAAGAAAGCAUUUAAAGCUUUGUGUCAAAGUACUCAUUUGUACGGUCGAAGAUUGGUCUUGGAAUGGGCCCAAACCGAAGAGGGUGUGGAAGAUAUUAGAAAACGAACAGCCAAACACUUUUAUCAAGAUCAACCGAUAAAGAAGAGUAAAAAGGCCACGUUUAACCUAGAAGAUAUAGCUUCGGAGGAUGCAUAAAUAAUAAAUAUGUUAUAUACAUAGUACGAUCACGGAAACGAUACAAUUAAAUUCAUAGUUCACACGUGA